AUGCAGUUCAAGUCCAUCCUCGCCUCCUCUGUUCUCGCCGUCGCCGCGGUCUCUGCCCAGACCACUACUGGCUUCCCCGCCAACUACCUAGGCUCCGCCGCGGUCAUCAACGAUAACCCAGUUGGCACAACCUACUCCGCAACCUUUGAGGGCAAUGUCACUGGUAAAAUGACAUUCACCGCCAGCACCAACGGCACCGGCGUCGCCGUCAAAGUCGACCUUCUGGGAUUCAGCGGCGCUACCGGCCCCUUCAACUACCACGUCCACGACCAGCCCGUUCCCGCCGACGGUAACUGCAACGGUACCCUCGCCCAUCUCGACCCCUACCAACGCGGCCAGACCCCGGCUUGCGACAAGACCGCGCCAGAGACCUGCGAGGUCGGCGACAUGUCUGGCAAGCACAACGCGGUCCCCAACACUAAUGGCUCUCUGGUCGAGUUCCACGACGCCUACGUCGACAACUUCAUCUCCACCAAGUCCGGCAUCGCCGCCUUCAUCGGAAACCGCUCCAUCGUCAUUCACAAGGCCGGCGGUGGCCGCUACAUGUGUGUCAACAUCACCCUCGACACGAGCGCCAGCAACACCUCUACACCUGUCUUCCAGAACGAUGAGAGCGCUGCUUCCAGCUUUGGAGUCUCGUCUGCGCUUGCGCUUGGUGGUAUGCUUGUUGCUGCUGUCUUCGCCCUCUAA